AUGGCUCCCAUUGAUGCUGGAUCGCUAGUUCUUGUCACUGGCGGGAAUGGGUUCAUCGGCGCUCACUGUAUUGCAAGUCUGCUGAAAUACGAUCAUAGAGUCCGAGCCACCGUUCGUUCAACGGAAAAAGCAAACGCAAUUCGUCUCGCACUCGAGAAGGCAGGCGUUGACAAUCUAUCUCGUCUGGAUCUAGUCAUUGUCCCAGAUCCGACAAAUAUCGACUAUCUUGUUGAUGUUCUAGAGGGCUGUCAAGCUAUCAUCCAUCUCGCUUCUGCCUUUAACUAUGAUUCCCGUCCGGGCGAAUUUGAGGAAAAUCUCAUGAUACCUGCGCUCAAAGGGACUCAGACAAUAUGUGAAGCAGCUCAGAGACAGCCCACCAUCCGGCGAUUGAUUAUCAUGUCAAGCUUUGCUAGUGUCUAUGAUGCGGGAUUGGGUCUGCAGCCAGGUCGAGUCUAUACAGAGGAAGACUGGUCACCCUUAACAUAUGAAGACGGGGUCAAUGCAGCCGCAGUGCCUAUUGCAUAUCGCGCCUCAAAGGUAGUCGCUGAACGUGCCGCAUGGGUCUAUGUGAAAAACAACCCUGUGAAUUACCAAUUGGUGACUCUUUGCCCUGGAAUGGUGUUUGGCAAGAUGAUCCACUCAAUUUCCUCUCUGUCUCAACUCAAUGCUAGCAAUCAAAUUGUAUGGGAUGUUUUGAAAGCUGGCAGAGAUGGAGAAAUCCCAAUUACGAAAGCUCCAGUCUGGGUAGAUGUUGAGGAUCUAGCUGAUGUCUGCCGUAAAUCUCUGGUGUUUGAAGCUGCUGGACAUGAACGUUUCCUAGUCACUAGUUCGAGCUAUGAUACCCAGGAAAUUGCGGACGUCAUUCGUGUUCAGUUGCCUGAAAGACACCGAGCGCCUACUGGUCAACCCGGUGCACGAAUUGCUAAUUCGCAUUACUCGUGCGACUCUGGCAAGGUACAAGCUGCGCUUGGAGUGAGUUUUCGAGGAUUGGAGGAAUCAAUUGUUCCACUUGCUGCCCAGCUGUAUGACAUGGAGGGGUGCUAA